AUGGCCCCUCCACAAUACAUUAUCAACGCUCAUAUUUUUGGCGAGACCUAUGACAACGAAGAAGUUGGUUUUCUGUUUAGAAACACUGAGGUUAAACGAUUUUGUUUAAGCAGAAAAGCAAAUUUCAGUUACUUCAAAGGGAGAUUAGAGACGAAGCUUGCAAUGGGUGGUGUAUCCCAGAUUUUUUACCAAUAUCGAUUUCUUCGUGGGGACAACCCGGUCAAGUUUAUCCAAGUUGAGAUCAAAGACGAUGAAGACAUGCAGAAUAUGUUUGCCAAUCAUGAGUAUUCUGGUUACGAAUGCAUAGAACUGUAUGUUACUCUACCUGAAGUUCAACCCACACAGAUGGUUGAGUCACAGGUCAUUGAUGCACUUGGAGACGAGCAAGCAGAGGUCGACGUUGUGGAUGAAGAAGAAGAAGCACCGGAAAUAGAAGUUGAUGACCUGGUAAACGAGGAAAGUGAGGAUGAACCGGAAGUUGUUGUACCACGAGAUCAAGUGCAUAUGCCUCCAGUGCACAUGAGGAACCUGAAUUUUGAUGGGGAUGACGAACCAUCGACUGAUAUUUUCUAUGACCCAUACACCCAAACAGAUCAACGGUUAAAAGUAGGAGACAAAUUUCGUUCUAAGGAGGCAUGUAUCAUGGCGAUAAAAAGAUUUCAUAUGGCAAACAAUGUUGAUUUUAGAGUUGAUCGCGCCAAUGUCGAAAGGUACAAAAUUUACUGUAGUAACACUGAUUGUGGAUUCAGGUUGCAUGCAUCAUACAGGAAGAGAAGUGACUCAUGGGUUAUAGGAUAUAUUUCCCAAGAUCACACAUGUGUUAACACAAACGUUUCACAAGAUCACCGUAAGCUCAGUUAUGACAUCAUUUGUCAAGAAAUCCUGCCUCUAGUUGAAAAAGAUCCAUCGUUAAAGGUGAAAACAAUAAUCUCUCAUAUCGUUGCAACGUACAACUACACUCCGUCUUAUAGAAAGGCGUGGCUGGCGAAGACCAAGGCGAUCGAAGUUGUGUAUGGAAAUUGGGAGGAUUCGUAUAAACGACUCCCACAUUUCUUAUAUGCGCUUCAAAUGUAUGCUCCUGGGACUGUUACUAUUUUAGAGACCCUUCCGGCGCAAUCUCCAGACGGAACAUCACUUCAAGGAAAUGUCAUAUUCCACAGGCUCUUCUGGGCUUUCCGCCCAUGUGUACAAGGAUUUUCAUAUUGCAAACCAAUUCUUCAAAUAGAUGGAAUAAGUGAUUGUUAA